GUGUGAAGCCAAAGUCCUAGACUCUAUAAAACAUCUCUGGUGAAGCCAAGUAAAUAUACAUCAGUACAUUUGCUCAAUUAUUAUACUUAAAUUAAAUAUUAAAUGACUCACCUUACGUUAGUAGCUUAUUUCAUUUUCUACACUUUAUUUAUCAGACAGCUGAAGCUAGUUACUUUGCAGAUGUAUAUACAGAUGGGAUAAAUUUAUAACAUUUAAUGCAUAGAUUAAAGUACACAGCAGUAUAUUAAAUAGGCUAGAUUAAAUUAAAGUCCAGUAGAUCAGUAAUAAUACUCCAUCUCAUCCUUUUUAUAUACAGUCUAUGAUCUUAUCACAGUGGCCAUUUUUUCUCUGCAAUGAGUAGCCUAUUUUUACUUUUGGUAUCAUUAGUAGCCUUCAUUUUGCCAGUGACUGUGUGCUUUAGCAAAUGGUUAAAUAGCCAAACAAGAAAGCCACUUUUUUUUUUUAUCUCAAUGGGACUUGAAUACAAUGGUAAAAUAAAGGUACAACUAAAUCAAAAAAACAUAUGACUUUCUCUCAUGCUACAGUGGAUUUAAAUUAACCUAGGUUGGCAUGGACAACACUUUCAUAGAGGGCAUCAGCGCUGGAAGUGAAAAGUGGCUAUGGUGUGCCUUCAGGGACGAGCUGCAAAUGCAUUACUUUGUAGAUUUGUAGAUAAAAGUAUAACAUUUGCCAGCUUUCCUUCAAACUUUCCCUUUAAUUUUGCUUGCAUGAUGUCAAUUAAGUUUAUCUUACACAUCAUUUGCCUUUGAAUCAGCAGGACAGAGGGUUAAUUGUCUGCUCAGUGAAGUAUAAAGUUUCAGAUACUUUGCAUUUGAAAUUUGACUGCACACAUUGAGGCGUCACUUAAGGCAGUUACCAACUUCCUCUUUUUUUUGGUGAUGUCAGUGACACUCGACAAAGUUUUCACUUUGUCUUUGAUACGUUCUGUAGCUGCCAUUGGAUUAUGUCACAUUGUUAGAACAUUUAUUUUUCAGCUACAGUCUGAGUAAUUAUGUGUAUGUGGCAGUCAAAAUCCUCUUAAGAAAGGUGACCAUUAAACAUUUAUUUACUGGAACAAUUUUUGGCAAGGCAUGAUGAUGUUAACAACAUGCAUGGUUGGUUCCAGAAACUCUUGAAAUCAAGAGUAUCUUUAUCAGCACAACGUGAACAAGAGGCAAAAGGGACAGAAAACUCAGUGUCGUCUGUGAGCAGUCAGUCAUUCUGUGCUUCAUCAUCAUCACCAGGGGCAACCCCUUCUAAACCACUACAGCCGCAGUCUGCUCUGAGCUCGCUGUUGCGAUGGAGCCGAAAGUAUGACGUGUUUGUGUGCCACAGCUCUGUGGACAGCGACAUUGAAGAGGCUGGACGCUUGGUUUCUUUCCUGGAGGCUGCACCCCGUGGCCUUAGGUGCUUUCUACUGCAGAGGGAUGACUGUCCAGGAGGUGCAAUUUCCACAGAGCUAUGCCAGGCUGUGCAGAACAGUCACUUAUGGGCUUUGCUUAUCACUCCUAACUUCCUGCAGGAUGAGUGGUGCAAGUAUAUAAUGCACCAGGCUCUGGCAGUGGGGCCCAUGUCCAAUCGUAUUAUUCCCCUGGUUCAGAACCUGUCCCACUCUCAGUAUCCUCAGGAACUAAAGUUCUACAUCUACAUUGAUCUGAGCAAGAGCCCUGACAGAGGAUAUAAACUCCUCACCAAGACUGUGCUCAAGUACCUGGGAUGCCUGAUUGACAAUGAAAAGACACUUGAUUGUAACGUGGACAGCUCUAGCAAUGAACUAAGUGGAGAAGGUAGCUCUAAAAAAGACAAGCUGUUGUCAAAGUGUGACCCAGCUGCGACUUCAGUUCCGCUGGAAGUAAUAAAGAAGAGCGGAGAAAGCUUCAGUGACAUUUGUUGUGAUCAUUAUCAACAGUAAUUAAAGUCUGCGAUGAAGGGCAAAGGGCUCUGAAUGGAGAACACUGCUGCUACUGACUGAACUCAUGUUUAGUGAACCUUUUGCACAUCAUGUUGGAAUUUAAAAGUUAGACCUUGUCUUGCUCAAAGCAGAAACUGGGAGGAGACAUUUUUUAUUCCAAACAGCACAGGGGUUAUUUCCUGUAUCAGACCUAGAGAAGUACUGUGUGUUCAAUAACAGCUGUUAAUAAGCGCAUCUCGUGGGUAGUUCUGUUCAUAGUCUCAGCUUAUCACACAUUAUUCUGAUGUAUUGCAGCCCAUAUUUUAUGUUUAAGAUAAAGGGCACCAUAAAUGCAUGUGAUCCUCCUUUUAUAGUAGGUUGUAGAGUAUACCAAUGGCAGUAUACUGUAAUAGGAUGAAAACAUUGUGAUACAGAUAGUGUUUACCACUAGGUGGUGUAUUUUCCUGAUUUAUCUAGAAUAGAGAGUGUUAGUGAGGAGAUGCCACCCAUAAAGGCACGAUCUCUCUGGUAUCAGCACCAUGUCUACAUUGACGCUUUUACCAUAAAAAAGCAAUGAUUACUAAAACUCUAUGCCUCUAUAUACAGUGUGUAUCUAAAUGUAUGGGUGUGUGAGGGAAAGAGAGGAAAACAGACAGAGUAAAAGAGUAAUACCCGCCCAUAUCAAACUGCUGACAGUGGCAGGCCCUUUUUUUUCGUUGAGCUGGAAGUGAACACAGUUAGAGAUCAGACUCAUGGAUCAGGUCUGCUGGUGUUAAUAUUCUAUGUCAUAUUUCUGACUGUGAGGUAGUUGGAACAAAGUCUGAGCAUGUUGAAGUGUUGGAAGCAACAGUCUUUCUCCUCUAUCCAACUUGUAGUUCUCUGUCUUAGGUAUGAUGUCCUUGGCAGCUUGGCACCUUCCCUGGUUAAUCAAGCAUACUGGCAGUGCUUAAUUUCGGAUAGUUGGCAUUUGGAAAGGAACGCUCAAUGUAGAAUAUCAGGUAAUCACUGAAUCAACUGGAGCAUAACUUUUGUGAUUCAAUUUUUUUCAAUUUUUUCUUUUUUUCCUCUUUUAACGUGAGACACCAUCUGCUACAUGUUCUCUUUUUCAGAUUUGUAUUAAUGGUUUCAUGUUGUUUCAUCCUUCCGCUUCUCCACCCUUGAUAAUCGGCUCUUUUGUGACAAGCCAACGUUGAAACGUACAAAUUUAGACUAAUCUCUGAAAGACACAGAAGUUCUACGAGGCUUUUGUUGUUACCAGAACACACACACACACAGGAUGGUGCUUACUGACUACUGAGGAGAGCAGUUUCACAUAACUUAUGUUAACUGAAAAGUAACUUGAAUUUAUAGAGAGGAGAAGAAAUUACAUACAUUUUUUUUCAAAUAAUCACGUAAUCCAAAUCUCCAUUUUGUCUCUGAUGGCUGUACAUUUCUCCUCCAGCAUGUCCAAAUUAUCUUCCUGGUAACGUUUUACAUACCAGCAAUACGUCGCCAACCGUGUUCUAAAGUCUUGGGGUUGCUACAGCACAAACCCUGGAACCUGACAAACGUGAGCUGGUGAUGAGAAAAAUACAUGAUGGCAACAGCAGUUUGACUUCUUCCCAAUGCAGAAAGAAAGAGUAUUGUCUGGAGAGAAGCCCUGCGGCUAAAAAUAUCUGCAGAGAAUAUGUAGCAAGGGGGAUUUUUUGGUGCCCUCGCUGAGAAGGCUCACAUUAACACUAACAUGAAUUCUAAAAACUGCAAUAUUAACCCAACUGCAUCAUCAGGGGAAGUUCACAACAAGAAAUAAAUAUCCCAGCCAACACUGAUAAAUGAAGGCACACGGGAGGGAGAUUCAAAGAUGUUCCUUUCACAAAACGGUUCAUUUUAUAUUACCAUUUCCUUUUUAACCCUUUGAUGCACGACAUGGGUCAAAAGUAACCAGACUGAUCAUUCAGUAUUUCAGGUAUUCCAAAAUGAACUUGUUUUCGAUCACAAGUCAUUACUUUAAUUUUUCUUUUCUUACUUUUUGAAUAAAAAUAAUUUUUGUAUCAUUUUGUAUGUACAGUUCUUAUGCAGACAUGGGUCAAAAAUGACUAUCUAUGAACUUGUCCACAUACGUCAGCGUCAGGAUCUUUUGAAAACCCACC